AUGUCCAUUUUGAAGGUUUUUCGACAAUUCGAUCCAACUUUUCCGAAUGUUCGAGAAAUCGCAUCCAAUGCAAGCUUAUGUUUUGUAAAUGCUGAUGAAAUGUUCGAUUUUCCAGGCUUGGGUAUGACUGAGCCGAAACCACUCGACGAGAAAUUUUCCAACUUGAUGAAGAAAGGCAAGAAGGGUGUCAUCAUCGUCUCCAUAGGCACGGUCGUUCCAUUCCACGCUUUUCCUAAUGCCACCAAGAAGGCGUUCGCUUCAGUAUUCAAAUCGCUACCUGACUAUCAUUUCAUUUUGAAGAUUUCAAAAGGUGCGAUUAAUAUUUUAGUA